AUGAUCGCACCGUCUCGUGGCCCCGUUGCAAGGGCCGCCCGCUCCCAAUGGCGUCUCGCAAGCACUAUCUCGCGAGCCCCUCGUGCCGCCGUCAAGGCACCGCCGACCAAGGUGAUGUCCAAGAUCACCAGACCCUACAAGCCGAAACCACCUCCCUCCUCCCCACCUCCCCCACCUCCGCAGGCCGAAACCCUCCUCGAUUUAUGGCGCGCAACAUGGCUCCCACUCUCCGGCGCAGCUCUCUUGGCCGGCGCCCUGGGUUUCUAUAUAGUUGGCACCCUCGCCGCCUCCUUCAAGGCUUGCCCUUGUAGCGGGCCUUGUGAACACACCACUCCGACCGGUCGACCCCCAGCGUUGACUGGAGAUAACGCAGAACAAUUCGACAAGGAGCUGAAUAUGCCUGAGUGGUGGAUGGGAAUUACGAAGCUACGAAAGCGACUUGCAGAGCGGGCAAAUGGCCAUGUGCUUGAGCUGGCUAUGGGAACCGGGCGGAAUCUCGAGUACUACGAUUGGGAGCCUUUGAACCAGCGCGUGGGAGACAGCCAGACGGUAACGGCGGCAAAGGGCAUCACGUCGUUCACUGGCUUGGACAUCUCGGUCGACAUGCUCGACGUUGCGCGCAAGCGCCUCGUCAAGACAGUACCUCCCAUGGCCUCCUCGGCGCCCAUCGUUCGAGCAUCCAACAUGACCGACCACACCGGUGGCCAGCUCUCCUUUCUCGACGACCAGCUUCGCCUCAUCCACUCCGACGCCCACCGCCCGCUCCCUCCUCCAUCCGCCGCCCCGAACCUUUCUUCCCCCGCCAAGUACGAUACCAUCAUCCAAACGUUUGGGCUUUGCUCAGUUUCCGACCCGGUUGCUGUCCUCAGAAACCUUGCCUCCACUGUUAAGCCCGGCUCUGGUCGCAUUAUCCUUCUUGAACACGGCAAGGGUUGGUACGGCAUUGUUAACGGUCUCCUCGACAAGAACGCCGACAAGCACUUUGAGAAAUACGGAUGCUGGUGGAACCGGGAUAUCCAGGAGCUGGUCGAGGAAGCGGCUCGCAAGACACCAGGGCUGGAGGUCGUCAAGGUGGAACGCCCCAACGUCCUCCAGAUGGGAACCCUUAUCUGGGUUGAACUCCGAGUCGCCGACACGUCGCCAUCCAAGACCGACUCGUAA